AUGGAAAGUGUUGUCGAGGACAACUCAGGGGAUAUCGAAGCCAUGCUUCUCUGUUUUGCUGAUGAUGACAAUGAUUCUUCGAUAGCUUCUUCUGAACAAGUAUCAGACGCUGUCUUUUUGUUAUCCGAAUUAUUCACUGAGAGCCCUGUGGAGAAUGAGUUGAACGACAAGAACAAGAACAAGUUGAAUUCGUCAAGUUUGUUGGGGAAGAGAAAAGAAAGGAGAGAAAACAAUGUGGGGUUUUGCAAGAAAGUGAAACAGAGUACAGCUAAGACUGUUAAAAAUCAAAAUCUGAGUACUUCUUCCAGUGAUGUUGUUGAUGAUGUGAUGACGGCUUUGGAUGAUAAACAAGCUAGAUUAUUGACAGAUAUUCAAAUAGCGGACAGUGAACUAGAAGAAGGUGAAGAAUUUGAUGAAGGGUUUUUGUCUCUUGAUGAUCUUGAGGGAAAUCUUGGGUUUGACAGGGAUUCAUUUCAUCAGAUGGCUAUUCUAGAUGAAACAUCUACGGAAAUUCCAGACUUGGAGGACGGGCUUAGUUAUGAUGAGAUGCUGGAAAUUUUAUUCAGUAAUGAUGAUGAGAGAGACAUAUCUCCUGAUGAAUUUCUACUGCUACUUACUGACAUUCGAAGGUUUGAAGGACAUGAUGAAGAAAAUGAAGAAGCUCAAUCUAUUGGCUAUUUCAACGACAAAUGA